CGUAGCGCAGCGCAGCGAGCGCGACGCAGUGCAGCGAGGGGAGCGCGCGUCGCCGAGUCCAGGAGCGCACACAGAGUACAGAGCCGGUGGUGGCCGCAACAGCCAGCGCGAUGGUCGUCAAGAUCUACGUAUCGGGUAUCAGCGGCAACAAGGAAGUGAAGAAAAGACAGCAACGCGUCAUGAUGAUUCUAGAUAGUAAAAAUGUGGAAUAUGAGAUCAUCGAUAUAACGGAGCCGGGCAAGGAAUUGGAGAAGGAAUUCAUGCAGGCUAACAGUAAUGCUAGGAACAACAAGUAUCCAUUGCCACCACAGAUAUUUAACGAGGAUGACUAUUGCGGCGAUUAUGAAGAUUUUGAUUUAGCGAACGAAAUGGACGAGCUGGAGAAGUUUCUGAAAGUGACGUCAGCAGUCAGUACCGCAGAGAUUACUCUCGAUUCGAAGUCUCAGAGUGAAAUUCAAGAGAACGGAAAUACCUCAAGUCGGGAGCCUUCCGCGGAUAAAGAAGCAGAUAUAUUACUUUCUGACAGUUUACCAGAAAGGACAACUCUAGAAAGUGAGACUAAAGCGUUAGACGACUCUAAACCAACCGACGUAGAUAGCGCGGCAAAAGUAGUCGCUAGCGACGAAGGUGAACACGCUGAAGAUAGCGGCGAUAAAAAUGAAGAGAAGUCCGACGACCAAGAGAAAGAGGAAUAGAUACGAGAUAUACCCAUGUAAAGUUGGGAUAUUCCACACAAUGAUAUCCUUCCUUUUCCACCCACAAGCGUAUUUUGCAAAGCUACGUUUAUUACAUUACUAAGGCUGAAUGAAGGUACUGCCAAGAUAAUAUUCUGCAUUGCAGAAAGUCUGUUGAAUGAUCAGUAUAAAUGACGCAUGGAACAUUCUUUUAUAGAAUAUACUUUGUAUUUUUAGAUCAAACGCGUCUUCACCAAUGUUUUGCAACAGGUCUGAUUAGGUGAUAUGAAUCAAUUCCUUCAUAUCGCCGUCUUUAUGUACAUCCUCACGUUUGUUUAUUAUUUUUGCAUUGUUUCGCACUGCACCACACCUGGUACAUUAGCAUAUCCGAUAAUGGAACUGAAGUAUAUACAUUUCUUCUUUUACAUGUGCAACCUUCUCGUUAUUUUGUUGCUGCGUGCCAAGCGUACAAAAGUAAACAUAGGAUAUGUAGCGACACAUACACAUAUACACAAUAUCAUUUGAGAUAUAUGAGAACAGUUAUAGAUAAAUAUAUAUUAUAAUUCUUUUUUUUUAAUUUUUAGAUAUAAUUAAUUUGUUACACAUGAGAAAAUUUUUUUUAUAUUUAUACCAUACUUUUAAUCGAACGCAACAGUAUUAAAAGUAGGUUUGGCUUGUUGUAAAAAUUUGUAUUUGGAUAUUUCAUUUCUUGCGUUAAGAUAAUCAAAUAAGUCUUUCCAAAUAUGCUUUAAGAAGUCGUUGAUUUCUUGAGCUUAUACAUUAAAUAUGUUAGCAAGUUAAUAGUUAUUAGAAGAAACAGAGAACAAAAAAGAAGAGAUUCUAGAUUUUUAUAACUGAAUUAUGAAUAUCUUUUUUAUGACAAACUUCCAUUCUCUAUGUAUGACAAAAUUAUGCUGUUGUACAUGACUCAUACAGGCGUGACAUGGUUUCAUUGAUAUGUGUGUAUAUGACUCAUGCUUAAUCAACACAAUCUAUUCGACCAUUAGAAUCUUUGUGUUUAAAACGAACGACUUUGUAAAAACAAAGUUCUUUUAACAAAUCCUAUUUUUAAGAACAGUAAAAUUGGUUUGCAAUGCUUGUAAAUUAUAAUAUAAUGAUAUAAAAGUUCAAAGCAAAAGUGAGAGAAAAUUUCUUACAACUGCUACUAUUGAAACGAACUCAACAAUCUAUUUAACAUAAAAAAAAUUUUAAUAUAUGGCACAAAAUAAUGAUGUACAAUGAAUUAAAAAAAAAGAAUAUUUUGUACACAUAUCUUGCGUUAUUCAUCCUAGGUAUGUUCUAAAUAGUUGUGCAUAAUAAUAGUGGCAGUUGUAUCGAUCAAAAGGCCUAUAUGAAUUAUUGUUUCUCUUAUUAUUUUUAGUCAUGACAUUUUCUUCCUACGCUCAGCAAGAAUAUCUUGCGUAAAUAUUUUAUUGCUUAUCUACAUCGUUGAAACGAUACUUCCAUCACAAAAGAAUUAAGCUUUACCCAAUAUUUGCUACAAGUUGCUUUGUUAUAAAUAAAUAAAUGAAAUAAAAAGUUAUUUUUGCUAUUAUAUUUCUAUUCUUCAACAUGAUAUAUCUAUUAUUGAUAUCGCACAUGAUAUAUAUAUAUAUAAUUUACUGCUACAAUCAAAGAGAGCAAAGUUUUAUUCAUGUUGACAUGUCUUUCUCAUUACAAGGAUGAAGAGCAGGGGACGGUAACAAUAAAGAUUAAAUAUUAAUGUUAAAAUAAAUUUUAACAUAUUAUAUUAGAUAUAUAAUCAUUAGAUAUAACCAUAUUUACAAAAUAAUAUUCAUUACACGCAUCACACACACACACACACACGGCUCAACAGCAAUCAUUGUUACAUACAUACAAGAAUUUAUUAAUAAAUACAAUGAUUCAAGUU